UAAAUCCAAAUUCGCUGUAGUCUUAAUUGUUAUCUUUUAUAACAUGUACCUAAAUGCAAUGACUUAACUGGAAAGCUUGUGCUUUAAACCUGAGAGGCAAAACUCGGGGAGUUAUAAUUUCCUCUACAAGUGUCCUCUGCAAGGCAGCUUGGGAAAACAGGCUGUCGUAAACAUGGCGGCCGCUGUGGUUAGAGUUCUGUCCUUCAGUAAACAUGCUAAGGUGCUUGUUUCACCGUUGAGGUUGUCUGCCGUGCCUGUUCGCCGCUACAGCCUCGAGGUCUCCAACACCGGCGAGUCCAUCACUCACACCGGCCAAGUGUUUGAUGAAAAGGAUCCCAGGAGAGCCAGAUUCGUUGGCAGACAGAAAGAGGUGAAUACAAACUUUGCCAUUAAGUUGGUGGCAGAGGAGCCAGUGACUGACAUCGAGGCCAGAGUGGUGUCCUGUGAUGGAGGUGGAGGAGCCCUGGGCCAUCCCAAAGUCUACAUCAACCUGGAUAAAGACACAAAGGUGGGCACAUGUGGCUACUGUGGAUUACAGUUCAAGCAGAAGCAUCAUCACUGACACCUUUCCUCUGCCGUUGCUUCUCUGUAUAAAUUGCCAUAUUGGUUAAUAAAUUAUAUGUCGUCUGUC